AUGAUUGGAGUGAUAUUUAUUGUUUCAGCACUAGGGACAUGGUGUGACUCAUAUAAGAAGUAUGAAGUUUCGAAAGACUCAAAAUAUAUGUUGUCAUAUAAUUGGAUUGGAGGAAUGUGUUCAAUUGAGAAGUGUAGUAUUCCAAAAGAUAAAGUAAUAAUUGAAGAUGGGAUGGUAUUAAAUGGAUUAGCUGUAAUUGAAGAUGGAACAACAAAGAAGUGUUGUGACUUUGAUGGAAGAAGGGAUGAUUUAGAGAGUUUUAUACCAAAUUUAAUAAAUCAUAAUUAUUUCUAUCAAUCAGAAAUAUCUAAUUAUUGGAGUGGAUAUAGUGAAUGUGAUAUAGCAGCUAAAUCAUAUGUUAUUCAUGGAACAUGUUUACCAAAAGAAUAUCAUACUCCAUAUGGAUAUUUCAAUGCUACUUUACUUCUUUUCCAAAAUUAUAACGUAUGGACAACAUUAAGACAUUAUAAUUACAUUCCUGGUAAACAAUACGUUUAUUCUAAACAAAAAAUUAAUGACUUACUUUCUGUUCGUGGUUUCCUUGCUCCAGUUCAAUGGAGAUGUGAAAAUCCUGAAGAUAAACAAAUGCUCACUUCAGUAAAUGUUUGUUUCACUCCAUCAGCAGAUAAAUUUUUACAAACUGAAUGUCCGGAAAUUAUUGGACAACAACAAUGUCCUGAUUAUUUCUAUUUUGCAGAAAUGCCACCAACUCCAAGAGAGACAAAAUGUGCUUAUUAAAUUGAAGGCU